AUGGCCAACACCGAUCGAGGCCAAAGCCUACGCGGUCUCUACUCCUCAACAAGCACCCAGGACCAGCUCCUGUCACCCACCCUCGCCUCAUCAGCCAUGAAAUCGACGGCCAAGAAACCCGGACAGGUCAUGGCCGAUGCAGCCGCGACCGCCGAAUUUAACGAAAAGAGAUGGUUCUGGUUACCUCAUGAGAAGAAGGGCUAUCUCGCCUGCUGGAUCAUCAAGGAUAAUCAAUCAUCAGCAACAACCAGCACCGAUCAAGACCCACAAGAUCUCGCCUCAACAUCUAACGACCAGCAACUCGUCGAGGUGGGGUGUGUCGACGAUAAGACGCGGACGGUCAAACUCGACAUACUCGAGAAGAUGAACCCGCCAAAAUUCGACAAGGUAGAAGAUAUCGCCGACCUCACCUUCCUCAACGAACCUAGCGUCGUCCACAACCUCAGACAACGCUACGAAGCCAAGAUGAUCUAUACUUACUCUGGACUCUUCCUGGUGGCCAUCAACCCAUAUCAUCCACUGCCAAUCUACACCCCUCAAGUGAUCUCUCAGUACAAAAACAAGCGACGCGAAGAAAACCCACCUCAUGUCUACGCCGUCGCUGAGAGAUCCUGGCAACACAUGCUAGGCGAACGCGAAAAUCAAUCGAUCCUGAUCACCGGUGAAUCGGGAGCCGGGAAGACUGAGAACACCAAACGGGUGAUCUCCUAUCUGACCGCGAUCGCCAGUGCUCACAAGUUCCCAGCAUCGGGUAGUGAGAAUAGCAUGGCUGAAAGCAAUCGGCCUACCCUGGGAAGCCGGUCAAAUACCAGUACCCGGGUCGAAGUGGUCGAUCUGGUCGGUAAGAGACUCGGUAAACUCGAGCGCCAAAUCUUACAAGCCAACCCGAUCUUAGAAUCCUUCGGCAAUGCUCAAACGGUUAGAAAUAAUAACUCGUCCCGAUUCGGGAAAUUUGUCAGAAUCGAGUUCAACGCGCUUGGAGCUAUCUCAGGGGCAAAUAUAGAUUGGUAUCUACUCGAGAAAUCCCGAGUCACCUCUCGCAGCGAGAAAGAACGGACGUUUCAUAUCUUCUAUCAGCUUUUGAUCGGGUGUAGCUCGAUGGGAUCAGGUGGCGGUGGAGACGAGGAGCUAGCUGAAAAGUUAUUGCUCAACAGCACCGACCCCAAAGAUUAUGACUAUCUGAACAAAACCAAACUAGUAGUCGAUGGCAUGGACGAUCUAGAGGAAUGGAAGAACCUUCGAGAGAGUCUUAACGUGGUCGGGUUGAGUCCCGAGGAACAAGUCAAUCUGUUUAAGAUCAUUUCGAUCAUUUUGCACAUCGGAAACAUCACCGUGCAGUCCGAUCGAUCUGAUGUGGCUUACAUCCAUACUGGCACAGAGAAUGAAUCCUUGGCAAACCUCGAACAGGCGUUUCAUCUGUUAGGAUUGCCCAAUCUGGAGGAGUUCAAGAAGAGUAUUCUUCGCCCCAAGAUCAAGGCUGGUCGCGAGUUUGUCACUCAGCAACGUAAUGCGAAGCAGGUCAAGGAGGAACUCUCUUCGCUGUGUACCACUCUUUACGAGAAAUCAUUCGGUAAGCUCAUCGACAAGAUCAACGCCAUGCUCGACAAGAGCAACAAGGGCAACCAGAACAGUCUCUCCUCUUUUAAAUCGACCUUCAUUGGCGUACUCGAUAUUGCCGGUUUCGAAAUCUUUGAGACCAAUGGCUUCGAACAGCUCUGUAUCAAUUACACUAACGAACGUUUACAGCAAUUCUUCAACCACCACAUGUUUGUACUAGAGCAGGAAGAGUAUUCCAAGGAAGAUAUAGACUGGGACUUUGUCAACUUUGGUCUUGACCUUCAACCUACGAUCGAUUUGAUCGAAUCUUCAUCCGAUCCGAUCGGCAUUCUAAGCUGCCUUGACGAGGAAUGUAUCAUGCCUAGGGCUACCGAUCUCACGUUCACCGAAAAGCUGAUGGGUCUGGUGGCGAAGAACCCCAAUCCAAAGUUUAUCAAAUCUCGCUUCAAUUCCACCGCCGGUUUCAUCAUUCAACAUUACGCCGGUCAAGUCGAAUAUCGUACUGAAGGCUGGUUGGAAAAGAACAAGGACCCGCUGAACAGCAAUUUGACCAACGUACUGGCAAGCUCUAAUGAUAAGUUCAUCGCCACUCUAUUUGAGGAGUAUCGAGACCCUAGCAGCGACCCAACUGGUCCUGCCACGGGUGGCAUGAAUCCCGACGCGGCUGGUGGACAGAUGGCAGGUGCUGGAAAGCGUCGCGGCGUGAAACGCGGCGCGUUUCGGACCGUCGGUCAAAGGCACAAGGAGCAGCUCACCUCGCUGAUGAACCAACUCCAAUCCACCCAACCUCAUUUCGUCAGAUGUAUUGUUCCCAAUCCUGACAAGCGGCCCGGCGUGAUCGACGUGAAGUUAGUACUUGAUCAGCUGCGUUGUAACGGUGUCCUCGAGGGUAUUCGGAUCGCUCGUUUGGGUUAUCCCAAUCGUCUGCCGUUCAUCGAGUUUCGUCAACGCUAUGAAGUCUUGACGCCUGGCAUCAUCCCAAGUGGAUAUCUGGACGGCAGGAAGGCCUGUAUCCGGAUGCUCGGUUCCCUAGAAUUGGACGAAUCAGUUUACAAGAUCGGCCUGACCAAGGUUUUCUUCAAAUCUGGCGUUCUGGCCGAGCUUGAAGAACGUCGAGAUGAGUAUCUAUAUGAGAUCUUCACCAAUCUACAGGCCAACUGUCGAUCGUUUAUUCACCAAAGAAAGAUGAAGAAGAUCUUGAACAAGGCGAUGUCGAUUCGAACUAUCCAACGGAACGCAAGGAUCUACAAUGAGUUGAAAUCUUGGCCAUGGUGGCAGCUCUAUACCCGCGUCAGACCUCUACUGGCGGCUACUCGAGAUGACAAUGAGCUGCGGAAAAAGGCAAAUGAAUUGAAUCAACUCAAGGAGAAGAAUGAGAAAGAGAGGCAAGAGAGAGAGAAGCUUGAGGCGAUGAAGAACGCGGUCGAGUUGGAGAAGCAGAAGGUCGAGAACGAGUUAGAACAGGAGCGGCUGGUCAGUUUAAAUAAAGAAGAACAACUGAUUCGCUCCAAGGAGAUGGAAAUGGCUUUGGUGGAGGAGCUAGAGGCAACACGAAAGGAACUAGAGGCACUUGAGGAUCAAUUCGAGAACGAGGUAAAACUGCACCACGUCACUCAGGUAGCCGUCAAGGAGAUGGAUAAUCGGAAAGAGGAUCUCAGUAAGCAAAUUGCUGAGCUAGAGGCUCAACAGUUGAAAUGGGUCGAUGAUGAGCGCCGGUUGAAGUCCACGAUUAGUGACCAACAACACUUGAUCGAGAAACUUGAGAAGGAAAAGGAUGAAUUACACCGAGUACAUGAAGACCUCAAACGACAACAAGCGGAAAGCGAAGAAGAUCUAGAACGCAACGAAAAAAGGCUCAAGAUGGUGAUUGCUGAACUGGAAGGCAAAUUGGAAUUCGAAAAUGAUUCGACUCUCAAGCUCAAAAAUAAGAUUGAGCAACUUGAAAAGGAUUACAUGAACUUGAAGAUUCAAUUAGGAGAGAUGAAGAAGACCAUCAUGGAAUACGAGUCCAAGUUGAAGCACAAGGAGGCUGAAGCGGUCGGUUUGGAGAAUCAGAAAUCUAUGGUCCUCAAGGAAAAAGAAACCAACCUCAAGCGGACCAAGGAACUAGAGAUCCAAGUCGAAUCCCUGGACCAACAACUUGCCGAUUCCAGAGGUGAAAUCCAGCAGCAUAUCCACCAUCAACAGUCGAUCAGCAAAGAGCUUGACGAGACCCGAGCGCUCUUGGAGACUAAGUGUAGUGAGGAACAUAUGAUGUCUCAAGUCUCAAAAGCUCGAGAGGAGGAACUGGCCAAGUUCAGAGAACAGCAGAAUCAACUGUUGGGUGAAAUGUCGGAGAUCAAACGGCAAGGUAACCAAGCUGUGGCGGACAUCAAGUCGGAUCGUGACGAAGUGCGGCGACAGUUUGAAUCGGCUACUCAAGCACACAAAGAAGCCACCGAGCGAAUUACAGCUCAAACUCAGAAAAUCUCGAAUCUCGAGCUCACAUUGCAAAAAGCCGAUCGAGCAAAACAGGCAGUCGAGAUUGAGCUCCAAGAGAUCCGAUCAAAACAUUUAGAGGCAACCGAUUAUCUCGACAAGACGAUUAAGGAGAAAGAGGGCCUUGAGAAACAAUUGUCGGCUAGUGUCUUGAAAUUUCAAGAUAUGGAGGAUGCGAUGCUGAAGAUUGAAAGGGAAAGAUCUGCAUGGAGUCGUCAGGUCGAAGAUCUGAAAUCGAAGUUGGAGGUCGAAUUAACGAAGCGCGUCGAACUAGAACAUGAUAAUCUGACUUUAGAGAAGGAUCUUAAAGUCCAUAAAGAUACCGUAUCAGACCACGAGAAGAAUUCGGCUAGCUUGCGGAAAGAACUGACGCUCAAGAAUCAAGAGUUACGUAAGGCCAUCUUAUUGCAAGAUAAGACGAUCGUCGAACAUGUUCACGUCCUGGAAGAAGCCAAGAAAUAUACCGACCGACAACUAAGUGAAGCCCAAGCAUUGCUCAGAGAUCAAACUGGACAGUUGAAAUUACUUGAUCGGACGGUUGCCAGAUUGAAGGGAGAAGCUGAAGAUCUAACGAGAGAGCUGCAGAAGGAGAAGGCCCAAAAUCGACAAUCUCAUGCCCAGCAUCGUCGCGUCAGUGGGGCAAACGAUAAUAAGAACGAGGUCCAUCUUCUGAAACUCAACCUUGACAAAGAAAAGGUCGCUCGAACUCAAGCUGAGGCUAAUGUGAGGAAGCUGCAGGCUGAGCUGAAGUCAGCUCAAGAAGGGGUCACUAGCAUGGGUAAUGUUGGACGACGUUCGCAUGCGGAGAGUACCGAAAUGAGCGGGACGGCCAAGAAGGAGUAUGAGAAUCGGAUUGCAGAUCUGGAACGACAACUGCAUGAAAGGGAUGCGAUUCUGAACAAGGCAACGAUCGACCGGGUGAAGAAACAGGUCGAACAACGUUAUACCGAUCUUAUUCAGAUGGUCAAGUCCGACCCCAAUAAGACUGAGAACGAACUCAAGAACAAACUCUUGGCAGAGUUACAACAAGCUAACCAGGAGUUAGAGGACGAGAUGGCUUCCUCUCUUGAUUCAUUAGGUCGACCGGUGAUCGAACCGAUGAAAAGCUUCGCCAAUGGGGCAGCUUUCAAGCGCAACCACGGUCGACCUGGCUCGGUGGCCCGGAUGUCGCGAGAGAUCGACCAGAAUGCGCUUGGGCAAGACCGCUUCAAGAUGAUCCAACUGGAGGAGACGAUCCGGAAGCACGAGCGGGCCAACCAUGACUUGCAGGCAGACUUGCAGGUGAUGAGUAUCCAGCAGAUCAAGUCGGGCGUCAUCCGGAACCAUCUUGAGUCCCAGUUAAGCGGCCUGUUAAAGAUCCUGAAUAGCGAGGACUCCAACUCUUCUAUCACCAUCGAGGAGAUCAAGCGCAAGUUGAACGUCGAAAAUGAGCAGCUACAGGAACUUUUGAAGGAAGAAAUCGAGGCUAGAAGUCUUGCUGAACAGUCCCGCUUGAAAGGAAGUCAAAACCUCAAAGAGAUCCAAAACUCGCUCACUAACUCCAUGGAUGAUAGGUUCUCUAAGCUGGAAUCUAAUCAAUUUAACCUCCUCUCUCAAAACCGGGCCAGUGUUCACGAACUCGAAAACCAGAAGAGCCGCAUCAAUGAACUCCAACAAACUAAGACCAUGUUAGAAACAGAAUUAACGGAUUACAAGCAGAGAUGUGAACACUAUGCUCAGAUGAUCGAGCAAGAAGCGGAGGAUAAACGACAGAUGCUGGCCGAGUUACAGGAGGCUCAGAUCGAAAGGGCUUCCUCUGGCGACCUCGAGAACGCCUUGGUUUCUUGGAAGCAGAAAGCUGAUCAGUACCGGGAUCGGGUCGAGGCAGCUGAGGUAGCCCGGCUCAAAGCAGAGAAAAGCGAAACCUUUGCCAAGGUUUCUCUUACUGACAGCGAACGAAGAAGGGCUGAGGCGGCGGAAGACAGGGAGGCGGCCGAGCAACGAGCCCGAGUGGCUGAGCAGAGGGUGCGAGAGUUGGAAGCCUACUUGGAGGACGAAGGCGGGGACUUCACGAAAGCUCAGAGGGAGACCGAGCGGACACUUGCCGAGUUGAAUGAGCUCAAGGCCCAGUAUGAUCGAGCUAUGAAUGACCGAGAUUAUACGGUUGAAGCAACCAGGCAGCGGUUUCAGCACGAACUGGAAAAUCUUGCAAAAGAGCUGGAAUCGGAAAGAGAACGAACGAUGAAGGUCAGAGAGGAGGUUCGGCAACUGCGUACUGAGCGGGAUGAGCUGCAGAUCCGUAACGACGAGAGGCACUACUCGAGAGGAGGGUUCAGUAAGGAAAAAGAAAGACUAGAGACCAAAGUACAAGAUAUCAGCAAAGCCUACGACGAGGCAGUUGCGGCCCAAGCAGAGCAAUCCUCUCAGAUCGUCACUCUGAUGAGCCAAGUGCGCGACUUGAGGGCGGCCAGAGACGAGGCUGAAGCCGAUCGGGCGGCCCUAGUGACAGCCAAGAAAUCUUUAGAGCAGCGCUUGGAGGAGAUCGGAUCGGAAUUCCUUUCGGCUAAUUCAGGUCGAUUAUCAAACGAUCGAGUAAUGCAGACUCUGCAGCAGGAGCGUAGCGACCUGAAGAGACAGUUGGAGGAGAAAGAAGACUUGUUUUCGGUGGCCCUUGAACGCCAGAAGAAAGCCGAGGCCUUUGCGAACGAUUGUCAGAUGGAAGCCAAUCGAGAGAGGUCCGAAAGCUCAGAAUUGUUGAAAGCCAAUACUGAGUUGGAACGGAAGAUCAAGUUAUUGAACCUGAAGAUUGUUGAUCUAGAAACCCGCUCGAUGACCUCAUCCCCACGCCAACUCAAUUCACAACAGAACCGAAACAAUCUGAGCGUGAUCGAGCCGAAGCAGUACGAGGAAGUGCUCAACCAGCUCGAGCAGGAGAAAGAGAACUUGAACAAGCUCGCCAAGAAAUCCGAACGGAGCCUUAAAGAUCUCGAGUUCAAAUUGGUCGACUCUGAUCGCUCUAAAAAUCGCCUCCUAGACGAAAUCAAAAACUUCGAAAAUAAGCUGUUCAGCUUGAGGAAGUUAAAUUCAGACCUGCAAUCUUCUGAAACGGAGUCCCAGCUGGCUAAACGAAGGGCUGAACGCGAAGUAGCCGAUCUACAAGAAAAGAUAUCAAGGCUUCAAGUUGAGUUGGAAAGGUAUAAAUCCAUGGGCCUCCUCAGUCGCUCUCCAGGUCCUCCUAGAAGGACGUGA